AAGCUAGGCUCUACGCUCCCAGAAAGACCUGAGCGAUUCUCUCUUGUCUCCGCCAAUGAAAAGGCACCUACAGAGCAAAGAAAGUCGAGCGCCCUGGUCAAAAGCUCUGAGGCUGUCAAGAGUGGCUCCGGGAUCGCUCUCGGGCGACAGUACCACUCAGAUGAACCUGGCCACGCGCUGCACUGGCCCCAUAAGCCCUUCAGGCCGCGGGCACUUCACCAGCGCCCAGCCCUCCGUCACACCCUCGACCCCACAGAGCCCGAGCCAAGGCGUGCCGGCCGCGGGGCCCCACUCUUGAGCCAUGCGCAACGCCUCACCCGGCGGCGCCUUUCCUCCCAGCAGGUUCCACCGGAGCCGGAGCAGGCUGACUUCCGCCCCGGAAAGUGGCCCCAGGAGCGCACCGGAGGGGACGUCAGGGACCCGCGACACCCGCCGGAGACCGGGAUGGGCUCCAGGCACAGACGCUGUCUUGGCCGACACCACCCCACCCCAUCCCUAGCACAACAGAGCAAAUGGCCAACAGAUGUUGGCUUUGAUCAUCCUGAUGUAGCAGUUUGGGAUACCCCUACAUUUUGUACCCAUGGUGAUGUUUUUCUGCUGCCCUCCCGAAUCUAACCCAGAGAGGCCCUCUGACAGGGCAGCGCUGGGAUUCUGGACUGUAUAGACCGAAGGGUUCCCAAUGAGGCCGGCCCCUGGGGAA